CCGUUAUAAUGGUCGUUAAAAUUAUUAGAAUUAAUUUUUUUAAAAUAAUUAUGACGGGCCAAAAAACGGUCGUAGAGACGGUCGUAACAUUUUUUUUUUUUUUUUUUCGCUAAAUCCUAAAAUAAAACAAAGUCGGGCUUUCAUAUUUUCAGAAGGGGAAAUUUGAAGCAGAGAAGAAGGGGGAAGAGGGAGAACACCACGAAGGUCGCUGCUCCGCCGUUACUCCCACCGACGCCUGUCUCCGGCCAGCGACGCAAGACACAGGUAUGGCGUUCUAUUUUUUUUUGUUUUUGAUUUUAUUAGUUUAGUUAAUUUGUUCGAAAACCCUAACUUUGGGUCUCAAUUCAACCCCCAUGCAGACCACCGUCGCCGGAUUCCCCUCCAGCCCGUCCUCCUUUGCUUUCAGACGAUUGUAUCAAGGUAAGUCGAUGGGUUUCAUUAUUUAUUUAAUUUUGUUUUGAAUUUUUGUUAAUUUGGGCGAAAACCCUAAAAUUGGGUCACAAAUCAACGUUUGCAGGGCAAAAAUUCGCCGGUUUCCUCCUUCUAUCUUAGCUUCCUCCGUCGUCCGUCGACUGUACUCAGGAAAGUCAUGCAAUUUUUUUUAAAAAAAUUUAUUUACUGUUUAUGGCCUUCUCUCUCUCUCUUUCUUUUCCUGAACUAAUUACCUUAUUGUGGAUUGAUUAAUGAAGCAGUUUAUUUAUGGAAUUGGGUUUGAUUCAUUUUUUGAUUGAAUUAGGGUUAAUAUGGUUAUUCUGAAGUCUUAUUUGGUUUAAUUUGAGUUAAAUGGUAACCAAUUUUAAUUUUUCUUUCAUUUUUAAUUGUUUAUAUUUUGAUGAUGAAAUGUUGAAUUCCAUUGAUGUUGUUGUUGAUAGAUUGUGGUGUAGUCUGAUGAUUAAUGUGAUUGUAUUAAAAUUGAAUUGAUUUGCUUUGGUGUAAUUUGAGUAGAAAGGAACUAAUGUCGAAGUGGAUUUCAAGUUUGGUUUUAAUUAUACUGUUUGGGUGGCAAUUUGAUUAGAAAGGGAGCCACUAUCACAUUAAAUUGUUUAGAUGUAAUGAAAUUUUUGUCUUGAAUCAAUUAAAUAAGCCAUGUAACUUUGUUUGCUUUGAGAUUUACGAUUGAAUUUGUACAUGAUUUUAUCUAAUAUGCAAGAUUCAUAAUGACUAGUUAAGAAUUAGACAUGGUAAAUGUGCAUUCCAAAUAAGCUACCUUAUCGUAAAUGUGUAUUAAUACAUGGGUUUAUCUCAUUGUAAUUACUUUAAUAUCAGGUUACAUAGUUGAAUAUUUUUUUAUAAAUAGUAUAAAUAACCUUUUCGCCUAAUUUUUGGUUAAAAAUGGUGAAAUUUAACUCUUAAACUUUUGAUUAAAGCUAUGUUCUCGGUCUUGAUCUUUUGGUUGAUUUUUUUUAAUUUCGUUAUUUAAUCUGAAAUAGCUAAUUGUGAGUCGCAAAUUAACCCCUUUUGCAGCUUCAUCGUCGCCAGAUUCCUCUUCUGCCCGUCCUUCCUCCUUUUCUGUCUUUUUCCAUCGCUCCACUAGGUAAGUCGGCUGUAGUUAUUUACUUUUUUCAUUUUAAAUUUUUUUAUAAAUACCCUGCCUAAAAGUGUAACACCACCAUAUACCAGGACCACCUUCGUCGCCGCCUCUGCUUUUCUGGUCAACUCCUCCGCUUGUUGUAGAAUUUGUUACCAUGAAAAGGAAAGAGCGUUGGUGGAUGUACGAUAGAUACGAUGGCGGUAAUGCUCGUAGACUUAGGCCAGAGUUUGUGGAUGGUGUUGAACAAUUCAUACGGUGUUGUGAAGCUCAUCCUGAGAGCCCGGCAUAGAUGAAGUAAGAUGCCCUUGUCUGUUAUGUAAGAAUAGACGUCUUCAUGAUGCCAAUACAAUAAAACUCCAUUUGUACAAAAAGGGGUUUAUACCUGAUUACUAUGAUUGGGUUUCUCAUGGUGAAGGGUUCCCUACAUCAAGUGUAGAGCAACCAAAUACUUACCGUGAAAUGGUUCUCGAUGCUCUUGGGAGUAAUCAUGAACCACCAGGUGACGAUAGUACUAGUGGUUCAGACGAAGAGCCAAAUGCUCAAGCAAAAGCAUUUCAAGAGCUUUUAAAGGCUGCCGAGCAACCACUAUACGAAGGUAGCUCCAUGUCUGUUCUAGAAAUGGCAUCUCGAAUUGUAUCUUUGAAGUCAGAAUACAAUUUUCCCCAUAGGUGCGUUGAUGGGUUUGCUUCAUUACUGAACGAAGCGAUUCCCGACAAUAAUAAGAUGGGGAAAACAUUCUAUGAUACAAAGAAGAUUCUUAACGGACUUGAGCUUCCGCACAAGAAGAUCCAUGCAUGCCCAAAGGGUUGUAUGUUAUUUUGGAAAGCUGAUGCUGAGUUGGAUAAGUGUAGAGUGUGCGAAAGGGAUAGAUACAAGAGGACUUCAAAGGGGUCAUUGGUUCCAAUAAAAGAACUCAUCUAUUUUCCAAUCACUCCAAGGCUACAACGGUUGUUUGCAACAAAGAACGUUGCGGAGGAAAUGACUUGGCAUUCCAAAAUUACAAGAGUCCAAGGCACAAUGGCGCAUCCUAGUGAUAGUGAAGCUUGGAAGCACUUGGAUAGAUCCUUCCCCGAUUUCGCAUCUGAACCUAGAAAUGUGAGACUUGGUAUGUGUACCGAUGGGUUUGCUCCUAAUGGCAAGUUUGGGGGUCAGUAUUCAUGUUGGCCAGUCAUUCUGACCCCUUAUAACUUGCCUCCAUCGAUGUGCAUGAAAAAACCAUUUAUGUUCCUUUCUUUGCUCGUUCCUGGUCCUAAAAAUCCGAAGGGGAACUUGGAUGUGUAUAUGCAACCGUUAAUUGAAGAACUGAAAGAAAUGUGGGUUGUUAGUGCAACAACUUACGACAUCUCGCAAAGAAAAAACUUCAAUUUGCGUGCAGCAAUCUUGUGGACUAUAAGUGAUUUUCCAGCCUAUGGUAUGCUUUUUGGAUGGGCAACAGCUGGUAAAAAAGCAUGUCCAUAUUGCUUGGACAAAUCAAAAGCUUUUUGGCUUGAACAUGGUGGUAAAAUGUCUUGGUUUGAUUGUCACCAACAAUUUCUUUCCCUCGAACAUCCUUUUCGAAACAACAAAAUUGCUUUUUGUAAGAACAAGGUUGAAAAGGGGACACCACCUCACAUAAUGUCCGACGAUGAGCUAUGGCAACAAGUUCAACACUUUGCUAAGGCAACAGAUGGACCAGAAGCACUUGCAAGCUUGAAAAAGAAGAAACUAGGUUGGUUUAAGCAAAGCGUUCUUUGGGAGCUACCGUACUGGAAGACUCUUCUCCUCCGCCACAACCUCGAUGUGAUGCAUAUUGAAAAGAAUUUCUUUGACCAACUAAUUCACACAGUGAUGGAUGUGAAAAAACAUACUCCAGACACAGUAGCAUCUAGAAAUGACAUUGCCAAAUAUUGCGAGAGGCAAAGACACUUUGCCGAAAGCCCCAUUCUCACUCGACAAGGCUCAAAAGAAAGUGUUAUGCGAGUGGGUAAGGAACUUGAAAUUUCCCAAUGGUUAUGCUUCUAAUUUGAGUAGAUGUGUAGAUUUACAAUCAUGUAAGCUUCAUGGUUUAAAGAGCCACGACUGUCAUGUCUUCAUGGAGAGAUUGUUGCCAGUUGCUUUGAAGGAAUUGCUCCGGUCCAUGUUUGGAAAGCUAUUAAUGAGAUUAGUCUUUUCUUCCGUGAUCUUUGUUGUUCCACCAUCAAAUUGAGUGAUAUGGAAAGAUUGGAACAUAACAUUGCAGAAAUUCUUUGUAAGCUCGAGAAGAUAUUUCCACCAGCGUUCUUCAACUCUAUGGAACACUUACCAGUUCACUUGCCUUAUGAAGCUAGGUUAUGUGGUCCUGUCCAAUAUCGUUGGAUGUAUCCGUUUGAGAGGUUUAAGCUCCUACAAACUCAUAGCUGCCAUUUUCGUUUAUACACAUAUAGU